CAUUGAUCCUUCAUUUCACCUGUCUCGCUGUGUUUAGACAACGCUGUGUGCGAUCUUCAGGCAUAGACCCCAUGGCUCCACUCUCCCUCUCCUCAACCAGAAAGAUGGUCUCGGGCUACGAGAUCCCGGCGAUUGGGUUCGGGUCAUAUCAGACCCCUCCCGAUGUCACGGAGAAAGUGAUCCUGAAGGCCCUGGAGGCUGGAUACCGUCAUAUCGACUGCGCCCAGCUAUACCAGAAUGAAGCCGAGUGCGCGGCGGCCAUUCACAAAUCGGGCAUCGACCGGUCCCAAGUCUUCUACACAAGCAAGAUCCCCGAUACGCAUAUGUCAUACGAGAAGGCCAAGGAAGCCAUUGAGGCCAGUUUGUCCGCGGCAUCCUGCCUAGGCUACAUCGAUCUUAUGCUCCUCCACGCCCCCUACGGCGGCAGAGAAGGCCGACUCGGCGCCUGGCGCGCCCUGGUGGAAGCGCAAAAGAGCGGCAAGAUCCGCUCGAUCGGCGUCUCCAACUACGGGAUCCGCCACCUCGAGGAGCUGGAGCAUUACAUCCAGAGCAGCGGCGUUGGGGGCCGGAUCUCCGUGGGCCAGUACGAGGUCCACCCCUGGUGCGCCCGCGAGGACAUCGUCGCGUGGUUGCAGAAGCGGAACAUCGUCGUCGAGGCUUACUCGCCGCUGGUGCAGGCGAAGCGAAUGAACGAGCCGAUGCUGCAGGCCUUGGCGAGGAAGUAUAAAAGGUCUCCGGCGCAGAUCCUGGUUCGCUGGAGUUUGCAGAAGGGAUAUGUUCCACUGCCCAAGUCGGUGACUGAGUUCCGGAUCAAGGAGAAUACGCAGGUCUUUGAUUUCGAGCUGUCACAGGAGGAUAUGGGUCGGUUGCAGACGGAUGAACAUUCCCCUGUGUGCUGGGAUCCUGCUCGGGAUUCGAAGCUUUAAGGGAGACAGCAUGGGCUCUCAAAGCUUGCUUAGGGCUCCAGAGCAAACACAGAUUAAUAGACCAAGCUAAGCAGC